GUUUAUUAAUAUGCAUACAUAAUAUCACGGAAAUAAAAGGGGAAGGAAGUAGGUUUAAAUGGGCACACACAUUCUGCCUCACACAGAAGCUUGAAGCCUGGAUGGUGCUCACUCAAUCAGAGGAGGAAAGCACAAGACAAAAACAAUACAAAAAUGUUUUUAGGGAUCCUUCUUAGCCUCUCACUGAAUUUAUGGUCCUGUGAGGCUACACAAACAAAUCAAGAAAAAGUGACAUUUUGCAAUAUCCGUGAUACCUGCAGCAACCCUGAGGCUGCAAAACUUCUGGACAAAAUUAAAUUUGCAGCUCGAAGCUGCAAAGAAAUUCGUGACAAGUAUCGUGUUUAUGAUGAUGGCCUGUACUAUCUGAUCUCAUCAAGAGGGGUCCUUUACCAGACAUACUGUGAUAUGACCACUGCUGGCGGCGGCUGGACGCUGGUGGCCAGUGUUCAUGAAAACAACAUGUAUGGAAAGUGCACUGUUGGUGAUCGCUGUUCUAGCCAGCAGGGCAAUGACCCAAACCGCCCUAAUGGUGAGUGGGGGACGUGGGCAAACACAGUCACAUUCGGAACUGCAGUGGCUGCUACAAGUGAUGAUUAUAAGAAUCCUGGAUACUUUGACAUUAGGGCACAGGAUGUGUCUGUGUGGCAUGUUCCUAAUAAUGUUCAGUUGCAACACUGGAACACUGCCUCCUUCCUGCGAUACCACACUGAAAAUCACUUCUUAACCGUACAUGGAGGAAACCUUUUCAAUUUAUUCAAGAAAUUCCCUGUAAGUUUUGGAAUCGGGACAUGCAACACUGAUAAUGGACCUGCUGUUCCAAUAGUGUAUGAUACUGGAAAUGCGGAAUCAACCAAAAAUCUGUAUGGUCCAAAUUCAAGAGGAGAAUUUGAGCCUGGAUUCAUCACAUUCAGGGUCUUCAAUACCGAAAAGGCAGCAAUGGCUCUUUGUUCAGGCGUUAAACCAACUCGUUGUAAUACUGAACAUUUUUGUAUUGGUGGAGGUGGACACUUUCCUGAAUGGUCUCCUAGACAGUGUGGGGACUUUACGAGCUUCGACUGGGAUGGCUAUGGUACUAAUGUAGGAUGGAGUGCUUCCAAAGUAAUAACUGAAGCAGCUGUGCUUCUCUUUUAUCGUUGACACUCUGAUCAGUCUAAAAUCUUCUCUUUGACUCAUAUCACAUUGAUUAACACUGGAAUGUUACAUGCACAAUUAUUUUCACAAAUGUAUAUCAUCACAAUAUAUAACUUUUAUAUCAGUCUAUACUCUAAGAAUGUGUAAGGUGUUUGUCACAGAUAGAAAAUAUGGAAAAAGUUAGGAUAAAAAAAAAGGCAAUGGCAGACUUUCAAAACGCUCAUGAGAUUCUUCUUACUUUACCAGCUUUGUUACCUAUGCUGUAUAAACUGUUGUUAUAAACUGAUGCAUUCUUUUUGUCGGGAGGAUUAUCUGUGAUUGGUAUGAGGUCCUCCCGUGUGUGAUUAAAGCAUAUUCAAAGGCA